ACACCACAACCCGCCGAAUGGCUCGCAGAAAUCCCUGUUUUUCGUUCCUCUCGGUUCGGCCUAGUCAAACGCUCACCGUACGCGGAUUUAAACGCGUUUAGUUAAACGUUUCUGCGCAACUAGGAGAGGUGGAUUACCGGGGGAUGUGUUCACGUGUGUUAAAGUGAGGUAAUUAAUGCGGUUGAGGUCGCAGGAUGCCCCGCCGGAAGCGCGCGUCGGGCGACGGCGGAAGAAAACCCAAAGUCUCUCGAGUGGAGCACACUGAGGAAACACUGGUCAUAUCGGACUCUGACAAUGAAGAGGAGGAAGAAUCUUCCGCCAGUCGGUCUUCUAGGUCGGUCCGAUGGAGACGGAGGGAAUGCAAGUCUCAAGUACAAGAGAUGACUGAAGAAGAGAUGCUGGAUCUGGCUAUGAAACUGAGCGCUCAAGAAGCAAGCAGUGCUGCCCAGAAACGACGACAGCUGGAAGACAACGACAUCCAAAAAGCUAUAGCGGAAAGUCUUCAUGUUUCUGAUAAGGAAGGCAGUGUUGAAGCUUCCGGCUCAUCUGCUCAACCUCAGCAGAGCAUGUCAAAUAUAAUAUCACGUUUAAGACGAAAGCUGUCCUACCCCAAACAAACAGAGGUACACAGUGGAAGAGGGAGUCCCGUUGCUCAGGCUGAUGGGACGGAGAGGGGCCGCACUAGUCCGCUGCCCGAAAUGCCUGAUCUGUCACAGAUAACCCCUUCUCCUUCAUCGUGUUGUUCAGCUCAGGUGUGUGGACCUCCUGUACCCUCUCAAGAUACGACGCCAGAUAUACAGCCAAAUAUCAGAGACUCCAAAGAGGAUGAGUUCUCGCAGCCUGUCUCAUUGGCCCUGCCCUCACCCGAGUUUCUGAAGGACGGGAGCUUCAUUCGCCAGCCAUUGGUGUGUGUGGAGAAACUGAGUCAGGAUCUCAUCGACACCUGCACAGGCUUGAGAGAGCAACCUUGCACACAGGAGAGCAUCGUCUGUGUUGAAGCAUCUCAGGAGGAUUCGUCGCUUCCCAAGAGCCACGUAUUCACUCAGAAUGAUUUGAGAGAAAGAACUGAUUUGCUAGAGGACAAACAUGACGCUUUAGAAGAGAAUGAAUCCGAUACUCAGAUACCUGAAGAGGAUUUACCACCGUGUCAAGGUGAUAAAUGUUUGUCUCCAAAAAACACAGAUCCGGAGGAAUCCUCCUCACUUUCCAGUAGAUCCCAGCCGUCGGAAACGAGAUGCGAAGCUGAAAGUGCCAAUGAGGAUGUCACUGUGAAAAGUAAAACUCCUGAGCUAAAGCAGGUGGAAGAUCAGAUCGCUCAGGAUGAGAAUCCAGCCGCUGAUGCUGAAAGUGCUCAAAACACUCGUUCAUGGGACGGAUUUUCUAGUUUCAUGGUUGUGCUUUUAACUGAUGAUGAAGAAGAAGAAGAUGGAAGUGAAGAGGUUCUCCCUCCAAGCCCAGAAUUACACGGCAAGACAUCAUUAAAAAGAAUUCCUCAAACCCAACCCUGCGGCUCUUCAUCUACCCUUGAACCUUCCAAACAAGACACACAGAUAUCCCAGCAUUCCUUGCAGGAAGACUCAGAAACAUCCAAUGACCUCAAAUCCAAAUCUUCAAACUCAAAACCGCUGCUUACUGGAGUGGAGACAGAAGAUCAUUGCACUGUGUCAUACUACUGGGGAGUGCCUUUCUGCCCCACGGGCCAAAACCCGGACGACUACACGCGCGUGAUCAUGUGUCAGUUGGAGGUGUAUGAGAAGAGUCUGAAGGAGGCCCGGCGAGACCUGCUGCGUAAGGCCGUGUGGAGUCAGCCAGUUCUUCCCGCCUCUGAGAGGCCGUUUGGCCCGAGGAGACUGAAGCGCUACAGACCUCCUCAGCUGUCAGAGGAUGAGGACCAGAACGAAGAGGAGAGCGGGAAGGAGAACAAGAGAUCCGAGGUGCAGAAGGAGAGAGAUGAAGACAAGGCAGGCUCACAGGGGGCUGCCGUGGGUGGACAGAGUGAAACGUAUGUAGUUCUGUCUUCUCCCGAGGCUAAAGAUGAAGACGUGCAAAAAAGCCCUUUUCCAAACCAGGAUAAGACUACAGCAGCAACUACACAUUUGAGAAAGGAUCAACGUGAUGCAUCAGAUAACACUCAAAUAGAGCUUGCGGAUGAAGAGGAGGAGACCCAGAAUCAUGACCAGUUUGAUGAUGAUGAGACCGUUUGUCCAGAGACGCAGUUGACUGACAACAACACACCAGAGCUCAUGAUGACCAGUCCAGAACAGGAUCAGACUCGUGCUGACAGCGAGGUGAUGGAGGUGGAUGAGGGGGAAUGUGCUCCUGCUGCAGAGGAGGAGGUGAUGGAGCAGGAGAGUGUGUCAGCGGACACAGCACCUUCUCAAACUCUUAAGAUGGAGUGUCCCAUGUGCUCCAAACUCUUUUGCCUCAGCAGAAUCGAGAUGCACGCUGCUUUCUGUGAUGGGGAGACAGAAGACCAAAACGAGGAGGAACAAUCACAAGUUGUCAGAAGGACAAGAUCCAGAAGAGAUUCAAAUGAGGAGACUCAGUACAGACCUGAGAACAGAUCACCAGAGAUGGAGAAGUGUUUUGUUUGUCAAGGGAGGUUUACAUCCCAGCAGUACCAGGCACAUGUCGAGUUGUGUUUGAAAAAGACAGAAUCCAAUACUCAUCAGGGUGAUGGUCUUCUUUCUGCUCUCCAGCGAACUGAACAGAGACCUGCUGGCAGUGAUGAAGCUGGACCCUCAGAUGUUUCUUCAAGGAGCAGUCGUGGCCCUGCAGACUUGUUUGGAGAAGGUGGGCCUGAUUCAGAAGACACAGACCACCUUACUGAUUUUCAACAACAAUACUCAUCCAAGAACAGCCAAAGACUCGCAAGAAAAAGAAAAUUCAAACGAUAGUAUCGCUUUAUGUUUUUCCAACACUGUUAUUUUGUAGUGCUUCUAUAUUUGUAUGAAUUUUUAAAUGAACAUGUACAAUGCCUAAAUUUAUGUAUUUAAUGUCUUGGUAUUGUUAUUAAAUGGUUGCUGCCGUCUUUGUUGAGCUGAUGAUGAA